AAACCACCUCACUAGUAGGCAAUGAAUGAAUCAAGGGCAUCUGAACUCGAAACCCCUCACCUUCGACGAGGUGUACAACCAGUCCAGCCCGACCAACUGCACCGUGUACUGCGGGGGGCUGGCCGCGGGGCUGUCCGAGGACCUCAUGACGAAGACCUUCGCCCCCUUCGGCAACAUCCAGGAGAUCCGAGUCUUUAAGGACAAGGGCUACGCGUUCAUCCGGUUCGCCACCAAGGAGUCCGCCACGCACGCCAUCGUGGCCGUGCACAACACGGACAUCGGCGGGCAGCCCGUCAAGUGCUCCUGGGGGAAGGAGUCCGGGGACCCCAACAACGCCCCUCCCACCACCCAGGCCAUGGCGACCACGCAGUACCCCUACACCUACGGGCAGCAGAUGGGCUACUGGUACCCGCAGACGGCCACCUACCCGACGGCAGCAGCCGCCGCCGCCUCCAACGCGGCCCAGAUGCAGGCCGGCCAGUUCAUGCAGGGCGUGCAGACGGGGUACACCGCGUCGCCCUUCGGCCAGUACGGCGCCUACCAGCAGGCGGGCUACAUGGGGAUGGCCAGCUUGCAGAUGCCCACCACCUGGCAGGGCCUGCCCGCCCAGCCCACCAUGCCCGCCGCGGGUCAGAUGGCCGCCGCCCAGGCCAGCGCCGCGGCCCUGCAGCAACCCGCCGGCAUCAUGGCCUUCCCCGCCAUGCAGGCGCAGUACCAGCAACUGGCUGCGGAAGAGGACUGGCUCACACCGAGUCUACUGGUUUGAAGAAGCGCACGGCCGCAUUCUUGGGACCCACCUCACAUGUAGGCCAACCAACUCUGCCUUUCCUGCCAGAAAGCUGUCGGGUGUUGGUAGCAUGUUAUUGAUACACUGUGUGUACAUGUUAAUAUACGCGAAACCUCGCUGGGCGCUGGACUCGGUGACAAUGUUAAUUGAGUGUACACUGCUAACUAUACAGAUAUCAUACCUAGUAAUACAAAUUAAGAGAUAUGAAGUCGUAAAAAGCUAAACUGUGAAUGAUUCCGUAGCAUUAUCAUUUUAUUUGAUGCCAUUACGAAACCAAACUCAUACAUCGUAGGGCUGGUUAAAUUUAUUUUAUGGAGAUGGAUUACGUGAUAAAUAAAAGGAACAAAUGAUGCAUUCCGUCAAGAUCGGGGGACAUAAUGAUGCAUUAUAUAUAAUUUACCUAUAAAUCGAAUGUGGUUAUGUAUAGUUUGUUAUUGCGUACUCCGCUUAGGACACAUGGUCAACAUGUUCAAAGAGAACCCCAGAGGAGCCAUGUAGUGUGUGGUUCCAACUGCACCUUCCAAUGUACAAAUAAACAGUGUAUGGAGGGGGAUUCUGUAUCGUCAGCCUGUUUCCUCCUCGAUAAAAGAAAAUAGCCUUACUUGCAUGUUAUGGAGAUCAGAUAAACUGAUAGCUUUCUAUAGAUCUAGAACAUAGAUGCCUAAAACCAAGGAUUCAAAAACAAACGGUUAGGUUAUGUUGCUUAAGGAUUGGCCCGAGGUUCCAAUACCGCAUCCUCAUAGACAAUUCGAAACUUGGGAAUAUUACAUGUUAAAUUAUUCUUUUUGUUUUUGUUUCACAGUGCAUAACAAAGUAUGCCCUUACGUUUUAGUUCUUUUCUGAUAUCAGUAAUUUGGUCAACGUUCCCUGAUAACGACGAAUUUUCUAGUCUGCAAACUAUUUUUGUUUUUGUUUUACUUGUUGAAGAUAGUUACUUUCGGUUCUAGUCAUUAACUAUAUUGUGAUUGCAUUAAAUUUGCCAACGGAGUAUGAUAUUUUCCGUUUGAGGACAGCGGAACAAUAUUCUCCAUCAUACAGAGCAAAAAAUUUGGUUGUCCGAAAUGAAGGACAAACAAUAUCGAAAAGCUGGGUGUGCAGACCGAACCUAUCAUAUUUUCACAUCGUUUAGUUGUACGAGAUCUAAAAUGCAAAUCAUUUCCCCGAAAAGUGUUUUAUGAUAAAGAAAUUUGCAGUGCCAAAUAAUUCAUUCUGAAGUCACGAACUGUUUAACAGUGUGUGACACUUUCACUGCGCAAAGAAGUGAUCUGCCAGACUCAAGCAAGGUUCUCAGCCAACAAAAAAAAAUCAAAUCAAAAACAUAUUUCUCCAUUUUUGUAGUGGUGUGAAAGUGAAUCACUUAACAAAAAAAAUAUUCACAAGUGUACAGUGUAAAUAGAAAUAGACAAAGUCAAUUUGUUAAUUGAAAGAUUAUAUUAAUGUAUUUUGUAAAAGGAAAAUAGGAAUCCUUUACAAACCAAAAUUAAUAGUAAGGUGAGUUGUGUGGCAAAAAAUGUACGGCGUGCGAAUAAGUUGAACUAGUGUUAAAUAUGUGGAAGCCUUAUUCACGGAUUGAGCUUCCCGUUAUUAAAAGUCAGAAAGGUGUUUGUAUUUAUGUUUAAACAAAACGUCGUUUGAUAAUAUCAUACAUUUAAUUGGUAAUUGUUAGUUAACGCAAGUGUGUGAUCUAUCUUCUUUCAAUUUCGCAAUUUGUUAUAAAACUACGAAGUUGUGUUGGUUGUUCACGGUGCUAUAAACAAAAUACUUUUAGGAUUCCCUUAUAUUACCCCUAAGAGCGUAAGAUUCUUAACCAAAGUGAGUUACCAAUGUUUUAAGAAAGGUUAUGUGAGUGAGACUAAUGCAAUUUUCAUGCAAGCAGGCCAUGGAGAGCAGCUUUAGCAAACCCAUCCAAGUCAUGUACUCUGUUGUUGCUGUCUCGAACGCCCGCACUGACUCGAUCCUGUAAACAUUUUAGUUGCUUUCUUCACUGAGGCUUUCUCACCUCGGCCAUAAACUGGUUGACGAAAGAACUUUCGUCCGAAGCCUGCUUUUGCGCGAACACUGCCACUGUCUGGUUUCGUGUAGUCUCUUCUUUGCCUGCGGAAAUGAUAAAUAACCUAUCUUUUUUCUUUGUACUCUUGUGAUCGUAUUGUGAUUGUGUGUUUUGUUACGUUGCAUUGUAUGCAAUAUUGAUGUUAUGUUUGUAUGUUUUAACUUGCUCACAUUGUUUCUGAAACGCUAAGGUUUCAAUAGGAUUUUCAUAACUCCUGCUGGGCAGUUGCAAGUCUUUGUCUAUCUUGCUAUCAAUCGUUCGUAUUAUUUGUUUGUUACUAUUGUUGUUUUUCGAAAACCUUUCCAUUUAAUGGAAAUGCCUCAAAGGUGUUAUUAUUGCUGUGCUUUUUAUGUGGUUUAGUUUUAAAAAAUAGAUAUUUUAAAUAAGUCUCAGCAAGAUACUCACGAACUUCUACCAGGAGGCCUAUCAUGCACAAAGGGUAAACUUGAUACUCAUGCAAUCGGUCUGUCGAAGACUGUUCACCGCUUUGGUACUAAUGGGAUGCCGUCCCUUUGCCAGUUACACAGGCCAUCAUAUUCUUCACGAGGAAUGAAGGAAAGUGUUUUGAUACUGAUUGUAGUUACAUUAAGAGUGUAAUUUUUAGAACAUAAUGGUUACUACUAUUGUUUAUUUUUUAAAAAAUGUGAAAGAGUAACGUUGUAAGUAAUCAUGUUUGUACUUAAGUACAGCACAAUAGCUAUAUUUAGCGCACCAUUUAUGUAUAUAUUAGUAGGACAGCGAUAGCGGGGCCAGGCAGGUAUCCGAGCUCAGCCCAUAGAUCAAAAAUGGAAUGGGCAGUCAUGAGCUAUAUAGUAAGCAUCAGUCCUCCGAUGUUAGUGAGGAUAAAAAUGGUCAUUAUUUUGUUGCAUUUUCCCUGCGUUGUGACUUAGUUCUCAUAGUCGAGAACCUAAACAGUAAAUCCAAACGUGGAAAUAAGUGUGAAAAUAGUGUCUUAUAAAGUCCUGAAAUAAAUUACUCUGGAAGUAAGACUUCUU